GCCGCCGCCGCUGGCUCCGUGUCCUCCAGUGAGGUUGUCCCCGCGGGCUGGAACCUUUGCACCGUCGUCGGGGUGUUGCUGGGCUACCCUGCGGCGUACGCCUUCGCCACGGAGGAUGACACUGAGAACUGCCUGGCACUGACGCCGCUGAGGGUGUUCACGGUCCAGGCCUCCUGCCCCAGGAUAAGGGAUGGUCUGAGGGUCCAGAUCUACUCCUUCAGCAUCCCGGAGAGCCUCUGCGCGGAGCUGAGGGAGGCGCUGGGCGCCUGGCAGGAGGAGCUGACAGAGGCCUUCAGCACACAGAGUGACUUUGUAGAUCUCCACAUUGCGAGCGAGGUGGUGUCCCUUCCAGCGGUUGCCUUGUAA